AUGACAAACUCAAGUCCCAAUAAGAAGGUUCUCAUUAUCGGUGCGGGGCCAGGUGGGCUGGUACUCGCUCACUGUUUGCGAAAAUAUAAUAUACCCUUUGAGAUAUUUGAACGCGAGAAGGCCAGCCAACCACGAAAGCAAGGUUGGGCAGUUGCACUUAUUGAAUGUCUGCCGGACCUAGAGGAGCUCCUGCCGAAAGACGUCUUCCAAAAAAUCCCUAACGCUAGUGUUAAUCACCAAACCGGUAGCCUCGACUCUUUUUCAAUCAUCAAUUGCAUGACAGGCGAGCAGACAGCUCUGCUUGGUGCCACUGAGUUCGCACAGCCUGGAUGUUUGCUUCGUGUGAAUCGUCAAGCUCUUCGCGAAGUGUUACGCCAGGGCAUUGACUUACACAAUGACAAGGAAUUUGACCAUUACGAGGAAUCAGAAAAUGGCGUUACUGCGUAUUUCAAGGAUGGGACAACUUUCAUGGGAGAUAUCAUCGUUGGAGCAGAUGGUGCCCACAGUGCUGUUCGCAAGCAAUUAUUUGACUCCCCUAAACCGUCGCAGAGCAAGUACAUUCCACUGGUAGGAGAGGUCCAGCUGUCCAAAGAACAGUACGAGCCUCUCCAUAAAAUAGGCACAGCGGGACUGUUUUCUUACGGGCCUGGAUUGAGAUAUCUGAUCGGCCUCCUCGGGACCACAGAAGACCUGUCGGAAGCUAGUUACUAUUGGGCUUGUUGUUAUCAAAGCGAUAAUCUGGAACGAGACAGCGCCUGGGUACAAAAUGCGAGCGGUCAAGAAUUGUAUGACCGCGCUCUUGAGAUCACCAAAUCCUUUGCCCCGAUUCUUACCGAUAUCAUUCGCACCACCAAGCCUGAAAACAUGGCGCAACCUCCACUUCGCUUCAUGGAGUACUAUCUUCCUGAAGUACCAUCAGCCUCAUCCCGGGUGACUUUACUCGGUGAUGCUGCUCAUGUGAUGAUACCAUUUCACCUCGCCGGGGCAAAUACCGCCAUCAAAGACGCCUGCGAUUUGGCACGUCAACUAUCGCACCCUCAACAAGGCCGCUCUAAAGCAAUUCAAUGCUAUGAGAAAGUGAUGAUUCCCCGCGGGCGCGAGAAGGUUUUACGGAGUCGCCUGGCUGGAGAGCUCCCAACAUUGAACGAGAUAUUGGUCCGAACAAGUGCCGAUAGUCUACCACAAAGUGUUUAG